AAGUGAGAGAAAACGGGAAGGAAACGCACCGGAAAGUCUACCCACCCGCGGCCUCCACCCCCCAACACGCAACGCAAACCCAACGCGCCGCACAAAAGCGGGGGCAAAAGAAAAAAAAAAGAAGGGGGGCACUGCUCGCCGGGAAUGGGCAAGCAGCAAGCGCCACCGGCGAGGUCCUCGGCGAUGUCGGCGCCUCCGCCGAAACGCCGGAAGAAGAAGGGCCGGCCCUCGCUCCUCGACCUCCAGAAGCGCAGCCUCCGCCUCGAGAAGCUGCAGGAGGAGCCCCAGCCGCGCCGCUCCACCCGCCGGAACCCCGACCCCGGCUCCGCCGACGAGGGGGAUGUGCCCGCCUCCGGCUCCGGCCGCCGGGAGAAGAAGCUCCGCCUCGUCAUGGGCCUCCACGACGAAUCAGCCAAGGGAGAAAAGACGAGGAAAGCGACGGAUGGGUGUGAAGAGCCGUCAGAUUCCGGGCCCACAACACCUCUGCCGAACAAAAAGUUGUUGCUCUUCAUCCUUGAUAGGCUGCAGAAGAAGGACACGUAUGGUGUAUUCUCGGACCCUGUUGAUCCCGAAGAGCUGCCUGACUAUCAUGAUAUUAUCAAGCAUCCAAUGGAUUUUUCGACAAUACGGAAGAAGCUCGAUAAGGGGGCAUAUUCUAACCUGGAGCAAUUUGAGGAUGAUAUCUUCUUGAUAAGCUCAAAUGCAAUGUGCUACAACUCACCAGAUACAAUAUACUAUCGACAGGCACGAGCAAUUCAAGAGAUUGCUAAAAAAGACUUUGAGAAUCUCAGGCAAGAUAGUGAUGCUAGUGAACCAGAGCCGGAACCCGAGCCGGAACCAGAACCAAAGCCACAACUUCGCAGGGGCAGGCCUCCAAACAAGAACAAUGUCAAACAAAAAGUUGGGAGGCCACCAGCAGAACGUGCUACUGCAGACUUUUCUGGUGCAACACUUGCUACUGCUGCAAAUAGUGGGCGUCAUGCACAGUCAGAACUUGAUCUGUCACGGAGGGUAAUGGAUAAAGCGAUGAUUGCAGAUGUACUGAGAGCUUCUUUUGCCAAUCUAAGAAAUGAGCACAAUUGGUCUGGCGAUGGGAAAUCGGAGAGAAUUGAAGAUUACUCAGGUUACGGGAGUAAAUGGUCGGCAAAAGUUGGGAAGAAUCCACCUCUGAUGGAAGAUAGUCGUCGAAGCACAUAUUAUGAGACUCAACCAUCCAGUUCAAUAUAUGAACUGCCGGUGUCGUCCUCGUACAAUGGGACGAGGAAGCUGCUAGUACCAGUUGGGGUUCAGCUCCAGCAGUCCUAUUCCCGCAGCCUGGCACGUUUUGCUGCGCAACUUGGUCCUGUUGGUUGGGAAAUCGCAUCAAGACGAAUUGAACGAAGCCUCCCUCCUGGAACAAAGUUUGGUCGUGGGUGGGUAGGAGAUGGCGAAGCACCAGGCACAUUUCAGCCACCUUUACUAGCUUCAUUCUCAACAGCAAUGGCACCACCAAGCAAUAUAGCAGCAUCAAGUGAGCAUCCAACUGUUAUCAAUCUUGCCACUGAGGACUGUUCUGCCAGCGCAAGCCAUUUGGUGGGAUCCCAGACACAUGCUGUGUCAUAUGCUUCUACCAGCACUGCUCGGAGGAUCGACCCUCAAGCAUUAGCGAGCCAGCAGUGUGGAUCAAUACCACAGAUUUCAAUAAAUCGAGGUGAACAUGGUGUGGAGAUGAAGGGCAACCAUAAUCUUCACGAACACCCAGCCAUGCAGCAAAAUGUUAAUGGUUUCAAUGCUGUUCCUGGACCAAUGAUAUUCCCACCUGCGGCGCAGCUUGUGGUGAAUCAGAUGCAGACACAUACGGCUGAUUGAGUAGCGAGUGGAGACCUGAGCUCAACGUUAUCAACUUGACAUUUGGAUCGCUUUGCUUCCAGUCAUGGCCGUCGUCAUUGGCACCAAGCGACAAGGGCCUUAGCUGCAUCCUGCCAGUGGCUUGGCACCCACCAACCUUAACGUUGGAGGGUUACAGUCGCUGUUGAUCCGCCGCACCGUGACUGGUGCUACACCUGUGAGCCUGUUGUGUAAUUGCGUAGUUACUUUAGGAUGAUAGCAUGCAUAGAUGUGUAGGUGGAUUUGUUGGUAGAGGGUUGUAACAACAGCGGUAAGUUGCAGUUGGAAUUCAACGAUUCUGAUGUGUAGAAAAACCACAGGGGAACCAUCUGUAUAGAUCAUUCAGGAGUUCAGUGUUAUUACUGGUCGCAGAUUUGACCGAGCAUGGAAUCGUGCCAUAGUUUGCUCA